AUGAAGAAGAGUACGAAAGGCGAGGUUGUUUUAAGCGCAUGUCAAAUACAAGCAACACGUCUUAAUAAACUUGAAUAUCGUCGUUUACAACGUAAUGUUACUUUAUUACAUGAUGAUUUAGAAUCACAUAUUGCUCGAAUACAUCGACAAGAACAAGGUUUAAGAUAUCAUUUUACAAAUGUUGUUCGAGUUGUUAAACCAAAUCGAGCAUAUCAAGCAUGGAAACAAGCACAUGCACAUGAAAUUGCACAAGAUGAAGCAAAAGAUUUCAUAGGUUUGUUUGUUUGUUUUGAAUUUUUUUGCAAAAUCUAUAUAAAAAAUUUAAUUAUUUCUUUUCUCAACAUAAUAAUAACUGAAAUAUCCUCGUUUGGAAGAAAAAUAAUUUAUUAUAUUUGAGAUUUGUAUCGUAUUGAAAGGAGUUUCAAAAUUACAUUUUAAUUCAAUAGAUAUUUUUGUUUGAUAUUUUAAUCUGAAAAGAUUAAAAAUUAGUGUAAUAUUAAAAUUCACUAAUUUUUCUUGUGUUAUUGUUAAAUAAAAAUUUAAUUUUAAUGAUUUCAUCAUUUAGAUUAGAUCUAGUAGUGAGAUCGUAACAAUCAACGCUAGUUCAGCCGUUCGUGUCAAAAUAGCAUCGAUUGUUACAUCUCAUUGUCACUAUUGAAUUUGAAUCGUAGAAAGGAAAAUUCAUUUGUAUAAAUUUUACAUACAAAAAAGCUUCUGUGAUGCCAUCGCCGAUAGUAAUUAUUGUUUAUAAGAUGUCACGAUAUAAAAUAGAAGAAUGAAAAAAAUAAAUAAAUAAAUAAAUUUUUGUUUAUCUUAAAUUCUAUGUUAUUAUUAACGCAGAGAAUUUUCUUAAGCCUUUACCCACAUUAGUAAUUCUAGAAUAGCCACUGAUUAAACAUAACAGCAUCAUUUUUAGAGAAAAACAUUUUUGUUUUUUGGUGAAAACCAAACGAAAGAAUAUGAACAAUAAAUCAUAUUAUAGACUAAAACGAAGACUUCUGCUCUUUCGAAUUAUAAGAAAAUAAUAGUUAUUUCUUGUACAAAAAGAUAUCUUCAACCAAAGUUGACCGUCACUUUUCUUCCAUUAAUCUGAUAUCGAUAAAAUUUUCUAAGAACCUUGGUUUUUAAAGGUUUUUCGGAUGAUGUACAAUUUGCCAAUUUUCAAAUAAAAAGUUUUUUUUCACAUGAGUUUAGGGUGAUGGUUCUCCUUCCGAGAUUUUUCAUCGCAAAUGAUAUUUUUCUUAUUGUUGAGUACAAAUUGUGUAUGAGUGUCGCCGAUAGAC